AUGUUUCCAAGGAUAAAACGGAGAGUAACUUUCAAGUCUAACGACUCUACUGAAAACCUGAAGGAGAGCUUUAACCAUGAAAGGAUUUAUGACAACAUCGUUCUUAAAUAAGGCAUUUGUUGAUGGCUUCGAUAAAGAAGUAGAAGAAAAGAAGAAAGGCAAGACCAAAACGGAUAAAAUGCUGGAAAAACUUCAUUUUGACCUAGAAUAUGUUAAGAAUGUCUUCAGGAUCCAACGGAUCAGAGGGUCCUUUAUGAGUAACGCUCUGUCUAAUUCUCCAAAAAGAGCCAGAAGAAAAUCUAGGAGAACAAAGGGAUUUAAAAGUCAUCAGGAUCUGACUCUAACUUCGAGGAAAGAGAAGUCUCUUCUUCAAUCUCAAAAAGAGCUUGAGGAAGAAGACGAGGAUAAUAAUAAGAAAAGACUGAAGUAAAAUAUCAGCCAUUGCUCAAAGCAAGAUUCUUCACACACAGGGAUUUCUAGAUAAAAUUUAUAGCCAGUGUGACAAUGAUCAUUCCCCAGCAAAGCGGAAAAAUAACCAUAAGCUCCCAUUCUUGUCCAAAUAAGAAGCUGAAAGAAACCAGUGAGGAUAAUAAUAGCGGCUUAAUCCACAACGCCUUACUAGAAAACCUUGAAAAGAGCCCGAAAAAUGUUGAUUUUCAGUUAAAGACAAAUACUUUAGAUUACAUCCCCAAAGAAAAGAAGAGAGGGAGUCAAAAGAAAUAGCAAAAGAUCUCUAAGCCCUCGUCCUUAUUUAUUAAGGUCUCCACGACCUUCAAUGUAGUUUUACGCAUUUUCCAAUCUCAGUAUCUGAUUGGUGAAUUUAUGUUUGAGUCUAGUAACAAUACAAGAAGAAAAUUCGAAAUUAUAUUU